GUGAAUUCUCCUGCAUUUGAAAUUUCGACCAUGAACCCCAACCCCAACCCUAACCCAAACCCUAAGCCUCCAUCAUCAUCAGAUGAUUGUCGUUCUUCGGAUUACGCACCAUACCCAAAGCUUGAUCCGGAGGACGUCGCUCCACCACCGGUAUCUGAGAGCUGGACUUCGGGACCUGCGCCUAUAUCUGGCAGCGCUGCAACAACUAUGCCUACUGACUCUAAUCCCUAUGUUACUCCCGACCCUGCUCAACCCCCUGCCAAGAAUAAAAUGGAUUCAGUUAAGGAUGUCCUUGGAAACUGGGGAAAGAAGGCUGCAGAGGCAACUAAGAAGGCUGAGGAUCUUGCUGGGAAUAUGUGGCAGCACUUGAAAACAAGCCCCAGUUUGGCUGAUGCCGCUAUGGGAAGAAUUGCGCAAGGCACAAAGGUCUUGGCAGAGGGUGGUUAUGAGAAAGUCUUCGGUCAAACAUUUGAGACUCUCCCUGAGGAAAAACUUUUGAAGUCAUAUGCAUGCUACUUAUCUACUUCUGCUGGUCCAGUCAUGGGAGUUCUCUAUUUAUCCACUGCCAAACUAGCAUUUUGUAGCGAUAAUCCCCUUUCAUACAAAGUUGGUGAUCAGACAGAAUAUAGCUACUACAAGGUGGUUCUCCCAGUAGAUCAACUUAAAGCUGUUAAUCCAUCAACUAGCAAGAUCAAUCCAGCUGAGAAGUACAUCCAGAUUAUCUCAGUUGACAAUCAUGAGUUUUGGUUUAUGGGUUUUGUUAACUACGAUAGUGCUGUAAAAAAUUUGCAAGGUGCUCUGCUGGGUCAUCAUUCAUAGCUGGUGCGUCAAUUUCUUGAUCAUUUCAGGUGAGGUCCGUGGCAGUGGUGCUUGCUGUUUAUGUACAUAAGUUUCUGUGUAAUAUGGCAAAUCGGGUUGGGUGAUUGUUGCUACAUGCUUUAGUUUGUCUAUCAGUUUGGUAUCUUGUGUAUUACUCCCUCUAUUUCGUCGAUCGUUUUAGCAUCUUUUCGUAUUUCUAUGGUGGAUUCAGUUGCUAUUUAUACCAUAUGUUCUUUAUCAUUCAGACAAGACACUAGUGGAUUUGGUAAUUCAUAUAAUACAUAAUGUGUUAUAUAUCAUGGUCUCCACACGAGAUCGAAUGAAAGUUAUUCUUUGACUUUGUA